AUGACCCUCCUACCGAAGUACCAAGCCAUCAUAACCUCCGGCGAGGAGAAUGAGGAACAGGCGCGUAAGCGACGUUUGAUUUACAUUCGCCCUUUCCUAGUAUUCUGGGCCAACUCAAUGAUUGCUGAAAUCCUGUUCCUUACGGUCGCUGUGCUCUUCUUUUCUGGCACGCGUGAAAUGAUUUACAAGGUCAUUUGGACAAUGAUUCUAUGUCCUCUUGGAAUGAGUGGCGCCUUGGGAGGUCUCACCAAUUACUUUUUGGUGGACUAUUACUACGGACACAAGGCCGUGUGGUUUACUGCUAUUCUCACUCUCUUGGUUUUGGGAAGCUGCAACUAUCUUUGCUUCAGUCUCGACCAUCAUUUUGGGUAUUUCGGCGCGUCGACUCACCCGCUAUGGUUCCAUUGGAGAUAUCCGGCUCUUUGGAUGGCUGGCUGGACCAGUGGAAAACUCUUAUUUACCGAUGAAGGCCAGAAGAAGCUGGCUAGUCUCGGGAUUUGA